UGUGGAGGGAAAAACACUUUUUCUCUCCAAUCGAAGAUGGACUGAUUAAGGAGUUGAGGGAACUCAACCUCUUGAUGUUCCCAAGUACUGUAAGACUGCAGAAGCCUUUGCUUUCCAACCGUGCUGCUAUGGAGCAAGAAGGUAAUGCAGGGGGACUGGUGCUUCCUAACCUAAACUUGGUGCAUCUUGACCUGAACUUGCAUCCUCUUGAGGAGAUGGAGGAGUGAUGGAUGCUGAUGAGACUCCAUAAAGUGACAAAGAGAUCAUUUUCAGCGUAUUUCAGGCUGGAGUUUUGGGGUAGAAAAGUACUCGCUAUAGUUCCCAGGGAGAGGAGUAAGGAGAGGCUUCUGUUGAGCAGGAGUCAAUUAUCUCUCAUGAAAUAAUGAAAUAUCAAAUGAGAUUGAUCUAUGUUAUUGUUUGGUUAUUUUGUUAUCCUGUUUGUUGUACCUUUAAUUUCUGUAGUUGAAACAUUUACAAUGGAUGAUCUUAUUGGCAAAUUGUAUUUUAGCCUGGAAAGGCAGUUUGAUGGUAA